CGGCGGCGGCGGCGGCGGCGCGGAGUGAGCUGCGGCGUGAGCGGCGGGCGGGCGCGCACCUAGCCGCCGUCCCUCCGGCCCCAGCACCCCGGCGGGACCUCGCGGCCCAGCGCCCUCCUCCGCACCGCGGACAGCUCUCGGCGCCCUCUGCAGAAUGGGGAAACAGAAUAGCAAGCUUGCCCCUGAGGUGAUGGAGGAUCUGGUGAAGAGUACGGAGUUCAAUGAACAUGAGCUAAAACAGUGGUACAAAGGAUUUCUAAAGGACUGUCCAAGUGGUAGACUGAACCUCGAGGAGUUUCAGCAGCUCUACGUAAAAUUCUUCCCCUAUGGAGAUGCUUCAAAGUUUGCCCAGCAUGCCUUCCGAACCUUUGACAAGAACGGAGAUGGGACCAUCGACUUCAGAGAGUUCAUUUGUGCGCUGUCCAUCACCUCGCGAGGCAGCUUCGAGCAAAAGCUAAACUGGGCCUUCAACAUGUACGACUUGGAUGGUGAUGGUAAAAUUACAAGAGUGGAAAUGCUGGAAAUUAUAGAGGCCAUCUACAAAAUGGUGGGCACUGUGAUAAUGAUGAAAAUGAAUGAGGAUGGUCUGACGCCUGAGCAACGGGUAGACAAGAUCUUCAGUAAGAUGGAUAAGAACAAAGAUGACCAGAUCACACUGGAUGAAUUCAAAGAAGCUGCAAAGAGUGAUCCUUCCAUUGUAUUACUCCUGCAGUGUGACAUUCAAAAAUGAGCUCGUGUACAACGCGUCAUAGACUGCACAGAAGUUUAAUGUUCCAUUCAGUUUGCAGCUAUUUCCACACACACAAAAAUUUGCUUGGACUACCUAUAAAUGGACUUGCUUCUUGUGUUUGAAACACUUGUGUGCAUGAGAAUGUCAUUUGCUAAAGAGUUUUAAAAGUAUAUAUUAUAAAAAUAAACUGCCACAACGUGAUGUGUGCAAUGUCAUUUCAUAACAAUCCUAUUCCUCUGAAGCCUGUGCAGCAGUCUUGUGCUGCAGUGAAUUAUAUUAUUUAUUGUUCAUGUUUUACUGAUGCUAGCUCUGUGUCUCCUAGAGUGAGUAAUGUUAGUGACACUGAAUUCCCAUGGUAAUGUUAACUGUUUAUUAUAAACCAUGUCACCUUCUGCUGUAAAGUAGUUCUGGACAGACAGAGGGGAAGAGUUCCUCAGCUCUUUAGUCUGAUCCACACACGUGCUUGUAUUGUCAGUGGAUGUAAAUGUACUUCAUUUGCAUGCCUUUUAGGUUUGCCUUAAUUCUUACCUCAUUUGCAUCCCUUCAAUCUGGAAAGAGCUAUGUCAGAGGAAUGCAGUAUAUACAAAACCAACAAAAAGAAAUCCUGCCAAAAUGAUCCCUUUAACUAAAUAUACAUAUAAAUAUAUAUAUAAUGUUUAAAAUAUUGUUUAUUGGAAGUUUAAAGGUUUUAUUGGAAGUGUAUUGAUCUUUGCCUGAAUUUUCAAAAGCUUCCACAGAGGUUGCAAUAUAUAUGUCCCAAAAUAAAUUUAUAACAUUUGACCUUCUCCCCUAAUUCUUACUUUGUAUCUUCAGCACAGUAAUAGGGAAAAAAAAUACUCAGUCUUUACGUAUCUGUCACUGUACAGCUAGGAAAUACAUAUUUCAUUAUGAAAGCAUGAAAACUUCCUUGCACUCACUCACUAUCAGAGUUGCAUAACAAGAAUGACAAAUGCUGGUAUUUUGUAUUUACCAACAGAGCAACUGUUUAUCCUACAAGAUGCUAAUACUAAAAUCUCACACUACACCUACUAGACAGGCCUGUGCUUACAGAGCUUUAAGUAUAGUUGAGUUGCUUGGUUAUAAAUCUCACCUUCAAAUGUUAUUCCCCCCUUAUGUAAGAGUCUUUCCUAUGACACUGAACAACACUAGGUUUAAGAGAAAACAGAUUAUGUUGUUUAAACCCACAAAUGAACUAUAAAGUGUGAUGAUUGAGAAGGUCCAGUGAAGAGAACCCACCCUCCUCUUCAAUCCUAUGUGCAUCAGUCAACUGUGUCCGUAGACGGUGGCAAGUACAAGUUCUGCACAGCCCUGGGAAAGCCCUGCAGGAAUUGCAUUUCCCACAUUUCCCAGUCGCUUUAAUCAGUUGGUUGCUUGCAGGAUUUAACACAAACAAAGAGAAAUCUGAGAUCUUACAAUUGCAUGUUUUCUAUUUCUUUAUCUGAUGAAGAAACGAGACGGGACUCUUAAAAGCUAAAAACUGAACAAUAAAACGUGGCACAAACCAAA